CUCCUCGCAAAGCUGCGCUGGCCGCUUGCGGAGGGGAGGCUGCAGAGCGAGGGCAGGAGAUGCAGAGAAGGAAUGAAUUCCAGCUGAGAGACCUGGCCGACGCAUGGGAUUUGUCUUCAAGGUCCAGGCAGAGGGGAUGGCAGAUGCCAAAUUGCAGAAGUUGAAGAGGGCCUGGUAUGGUUGGUCUGUAAAGUAGUUUUGCCUUUGCCAGAAUGUUAUACAAAUAGAAUCAUGCACCAUGUAACCUUCUGAGGCUGACUUCUUUCACUUGAUGUAAUGCUUUUGAAAUUCAGGUAUGUGGUAAUGUCUUUUAGUAGUUCCUAUAUAUUGCUGAGUCAUAUUCUAUUGUAUGGAUGUACUACAAUUUGUUUAUCUGUUUACAUUUUAGUUGUUUCUGAGUUUGGGCAGUUAUGAAUAAGCUGCCAUAAACAUUCACAUAUGAGUCUUUGCAUGGACAUAUGUCUCCAUUUCUAUGGCUGAAAUAUCUAGGAGCAGAGUCAUUGCGUCAUGGGAUAAUCGUAUGCUGUAUUAGUCCAUUCUCAGACUGCUAAUAAUGACAUACCCGAGACUGGGUAAUUUAUAAAGGAAAGAGGUUUAAUUGAUUCACAGUUCCACAGGACUAGGAAGGCCUCAGGAAACUUAAAAUAAUGGCAGAAGGGGAAGCAAACAUGUCCUUCUUCACAUGGCAGCAGCAAGGAGAAGUGCCAAGCAAAGGGGAAACCCCUUAUAAAACCAUCAGAUCUCUUAAGAACUCACUCGCUAUCACAAGAACAGCAUGAGGAAAACCACCCCAAUGAUUCAAUCAUCUCCACCUAGUCCUGCCCUUGACACAUGGGGAUUAUUACAAUUCAAGGGCCACUUCCAGCAACCCAGUCUCCUGCCAUGUCCGACCCCAUCACGCUGAACGUCGGGGGGAAGCUCUAUACAACCUCAUUGGCAACCCUGACCAGCUUCCCUGACUCCAUGCUAGGUGCCAUGUUCAGCGGGAAGAUGCCCACCAAGAGGGACAGCCAGGGCAACUGCUUCAUUGACCGUGACGGCAAAGUGUUCCGCUAUAUCCUCAACUUUCUGCGGACCUCCCACCUUGACCUGCCCGAGGACUUCCAGGAGAUGGGCCUGCUCCGCAGGGAGGCCGACUUCUACCAGGUGCAGCCCCUGAUUGAGGCCCUGCAGGAGAAGGAAGUGGAGCUCUCCAAGGCCGAGAAGAAUGCUAUGCUCAACAUCACACUGAACCAGCACGUGCAGACGGUCCACUUCACUGUGCGCGAGGCGCCCCAGAUCUACAGCCUCUCCUCCUCCAGCAUGGAGGUGUUCAACGCCAACAUCUUCAGCACCUCCUGCCUCUUCCUCAAACUCCUUGGCUCUAAGCUCUACUACUGCUCCAAUGGCAAUCUCUCGUCCAUCACCAGCCACUUGCAGGACCCCAACCACCUGACUCUGGACUGGGUGGCCAAUGUGGAGGGCCUGCCAGAGGAGGAGUACACCAAGCAGAACCUCAAGAGGCUCUGGGUGGUGCCUGCCAACAAGCAGAUCAACAGCUUCCAGGUCUUCGUGGAGGAGGUACUGAAAAUCGCUCUGAGCGAUGGCUUCUGCAUCGAUUCUUCUCACCCACACGCUCUGGAUUUUAUGAACAAUAAGAUUAUUCGAUUAAUACGGUACAGGUAAAAGGACCCCAACAGCAUUGGAGACGGGGAGUCCCAAGAAGCUCAUGUCAGCCAGGUCUUGGAGGGCAUCUCGCCAGUGAUGCGAGGCAGGGGACUGUACUAAUCUGUAUUAAUUGUGUAGCAGGACUUGAUUCCCCCCAUGAUGAAGUCCACCUUUUGGAAUCCAUUGUCCUCUGAACAGAACCACCUUUUUUCUUGCCAUUUUGAGCUGCAGAUGGGCUAUUGUGACAAGUGAAGAGUCAGCUGAUGUGUACUAAAGGAGGCCACAGGAGGAUUUUCCAGCCGGGACAAAGGAGUGGCGGCUUUCUCCUGGGCGCCACCCAUCUGUACCACUAGCCAGUGUCGCGUUUAUCCAUCUGUAAGAAGGCCCUGCUGGAGAGGAUGGGAUGAGAACAAGAGGCUACCUCUAGUUAACCACGACAUAAAGUCCCCAGCAGUUCCUGUCACACCUGCUCCUCCCUCCCUAGGGUGCAUCGAUAAUUGUGAAUGUUUGCCCAGGGGUGACCGUGUUUGGCUGGCUUGGAAUGCCAUGCAUUCUCAGAGCCCUGUUAGUGUCCCCUCCUGGGGGACAGAGAUGAGGUGUGGCAGGGUCUAGAGGAAUGAGUGUCCAGGCAGAGUUCAGAAGGUAGGAAUGUGCCUCUUGAUGGGGCUGAAUCAAGGGAUUCCUGGCUUCAGAAAGGGUCUGCUAUCUCUGCAAAGAUGUGCAAGAGUCUGGAGCCAGUGUAAUGAAAGGCGCUUCCAAAUCCAGUCUGUCUCCUGACUUUUGUCAUUGUUUUCCCAAAAAUUUGAGGUAUCAUUGAAACAGGUCAUUUUAAACAAAUAUAUUAUGGAUUCUCAGGGUUAGAAAUAAUUCGAUGAUUAUUUCUCCCUCCCCCACCCCUAGAACACCCCAGCACAUCUGAGGAUGAGCGCCUCUCCCUGGGCACCAGCAAGUGAUCACCUUGGCCUGCUUGCAUACCUCAGCUCAUAGGUAGUGCGCCAUCCCCAAGGCAGCUCCUGCCGUGGUUGGACGGUGCUGACUGUUAGAAAGUUCUUCCCUAUAUUGAGCCAAAAUCUGUUCUGCCACUUGCUGGAUCUUGGUGGCAGACCUUCGCUUUCACCCAGUUACAUAUCUUUGCUUUCAAAAUAGUCACCUUGAGAGGCCAGAAAUUUUUCUGAAAACAUUAUUACUCAGAAUUCCGAUUCCCCUCUGGGAUCUGUCUUCAGAAUCAAAGUUAGCUCUUUUCUGUCCCCUGUAAGUCGUCCCCUUUUGUUAUAGCGUCAUCUCGUUUGUGACCCCCAUUUCACCCACCUUCCUCACAAGCUAUGGCCCCAUAUGCCUUUUGACCAUUUUCUGUUGGAAGAGGAAGAUUCGCGGCCCCUGAGGAGAUCCGGAAGAAAGAGACAGGGUCUCCGAGCGUGCUGUGCAGCAAGGAGCCCAGGAGUGGUGUGGACCAUAAUAGUGCCCUUAGGGUAAAUGUGUGGCCCCUAAGACCCUGCCCUCAGGAAGGCGGCCUUCCCCUGCAGUCCUGUGUCCUACCCCUGGGUCUCCGUGGGGUGCCAUCCAGGGCAAGCAACCCAAGCACUGCUUCCCACCGGGUGAUGAGCUGUGCAGGCCUCCAAACUGCACGUCAUGAUUCAUCCCUAAAGUGAGCUUGGCCUUGAGAGUCCCAGGGUCCUCCCCCCGGGCAGGGGUCCUCAGACAAAGCCAAGGAAGCCUGGUGACACAGGCACCCAUGGGAGGUGGGCCCAGAAAGGGGCUUCCCGUAGAUAAGCCCUGUGAGUAGGGAGCUUGUACACUGGGCCAUGGGCAGAGCCAGCUCCCUUGAGCAGUAAAGGCCCUUUCCCCCCUAAAUGGGACCCAGGAGUCUCUCUGACAGCUUUUCUGCCAGGUGCAGUGGCUCAUGCCUGUAAUCCCAACACUGGGAGGCUGAGGCGGGAAGAUCACCUGAGGUCUAGGAGUUCAAGACCAGCCUGGCCAACAUGGUGAAACUCCACCUCUGCUAAAAAUACAAAAAUUAGCUGGGCAUGGUGGCAGGCGCCUAUAACCCCAGGUAUUUGGGAGGCUGAUGCAGGAGAAUCUCUUGAACCCAGAUAGCAGAGGUUGCAGUGAGCUGAGAGUGUGCCAUUGCACUCCAGCCUGGACGGCAGAGUGAGACUCCAUCCCAAAAACAAACAGCUGUCCCAGGCCAAGAGUACUUGGGAAAGCCCUUCAUGGAGAACCCAGUUUAGACCAAGUAGCAAAAGCUGUGGUCACAACAAAACAAUGUGAGGAAGAAAUCUUACAAAUCACCACUGCCCUUUUUCCUUUUCCAUAAAACUGUCCAUCUUUUCGGUGCUCCCUAAUCCAAGCAGCUUGACUUUAGAGAAAUUGCAGAAGCAGUGAAGCCUCUAACAUGCUGUGUGACUUUAUGUAAGUCACUCACCUCACUGAGCCACCUCCAUUUCUUCAUCUGUGAAAUGGGCAUAACAGUAAUACAUAACCCUACCUACCUCACAGGGCUGUUGUGAGGAUCAAAUGAAAUAAUGUACGUGAGAAUACAGUAUAAAUGAUAAAGCACUGUUA